AUGAUUUCCAAGACUAAGAAAACAUCUUACCCAGAUAAUGCUGCUUCGCUUCCUCUAGACCUAGGUUCGCCGUUUAUCUCCCAUGGUAAACCAUUUCUUGAGGCUUCAUACGAAAGAACUCACAUAUUCGAUGCCCUAGGCAUUCAUUUCACAACACCUGAGACCGGAAAAGAGCUUGCAGAGUUAUUUGGAGGAAUAAUUGGUAGCCACGACUCCAACAUUUUCGAUGGGAUUGAUGAGGACUCCUUGACGUUCGAGGGCAGAGAGAACCCCGAGCACGGUGCUGUAGAGACUCCCACUGAGACCGUUCGAGAGCGCCUUGAUGACUGGAAAAGAAUUUCAGUAAGAUACAAGAGCUUACAAAAGAGUAGUUCCAUACCAACAGUGCCCAGAGAAGUCGACUUGGUUUCAAAAAAAAUGGCUGCAAAUCCGAAGGCUCCUUCGACAUGGAAAAUGAAAACGGCAACACCGAGGAUGAAAGCCCCCAAUUCAAACAUCGACUUGAGUCAUCCUCAUUAUAAACGCCUUUCAGGCCCAUCUAUGCGCCCUAUGGCAAUUCAUCCAAAUAGAGAGUGGAAGGUGGCCUUGAGAAGCGCUCGACCCACUCCAAAGGUACCAGAGAAGCCAUUGCCGCAAAAGGGGAAUCUGGGACGCAAUGCUUUCAGCACAUUGUCUAUGAUAACCAAGAAUGUGAAGGCUGAGGUGGCAGACAACUCUUCACAAAGUGUGCUGGUUUCUAUUUCAGCUCCCUCUUUCAUCACCUCUCGCAAGCGUAAUCGCACUCAUCGAGCUACCAGUGAAAAGAUGAUGAAGGCUCCACAUAUGGUUGCCAGAGAUGUCUUCACACGAAUGUGUGUAAGGUUACUUUCUAGAAGCAGCUUAGUUGUUGUACCUAUCCAUUUGGCCAUGUUAUAUUCAAUUGCUGAGCCACUUGUAUCGUGGCUGUCUUAA